GGAAUGCUGCGCGCUGAUUGGGUCGGCGCUGGGCGCCUCGGAGGUGGACGCUGAUUGGUCGGAGAAGUGGCUUCGGCCGGAGGGGAGGGGGUAGACGAUUCGGUGCCUUCUCUUACUAGCAUCUUGAUCCCUGCGAGUGCGAGCGUCGUCUGUAGCCUGGUCGCUGUCUUCAACGUGCUUACAAACCCGGCGUCUGUUUAUUGUUUUUGAUUGUGUAAAUUUUACAUGCUUCAUUUAAGUUUAGGUUAAGUUGCCAUGGCUCGAGGGUGUUGCAUGCCUGGUUGUUCCAACAAUAACUCUAAGGGUUUUUCACUUUUUGGAUUUCCGAGCUGCCCGGAAAAAAGAGCAGAGUGGACCGCAUUUGUUGGGCUACCGAAUUGGACACCAAAAAAUGAGAGAAUAUGUGAGGCGCACUUCUUGUGCACUGAUUUUGUGGAUAUGGACAAGAAAAAGCUACUGAAGAAAGAAGCUGUCCCUAGUGUCCGGUGCAACAACCAGGAAUGCCUCAGUGACAUUGCAGUGGACCGUCCAGCUCAGGGUGUUGUUGUGGUGACUCCGUCACCAUCAGCUGUGCACCAUGCAGCCUCUUGCUGCAUCUCGGUAACUGAAAGCCUUCGACAUGCCACUCCAGUAAGCAGGUCUGGGCCAAAGAUUGAGAAGAGAUGCAUGCAACUCAGAAAGGAAAAUAUUCAGCUGCACACUAGCGUGAUUAAUCUCAAGAACCAAAUUAAUUCUGCAUCACAGAUGGUAGUGAAAAAUCAGCGCCGUGUUUUAAGUCUCAACCAGAGCCUUAAUAAACAGCAAGAUUUGUUAAACAAGCAUUUCGGACAAGACCAGAUGAAAGCAGCAGAGACUGGUAAUAGCAGGGGGAGAGAGUGGACUUUACCAAGUAUACAGAAAGCAUUAGAUGUAAGGUUGGCUGGUGGGCCUAGUGGAUUGCAGGCAGCAAAUGAUUCCGUAUUUCCUCUGCCUACCAACCGAACACUCCAGAGAAGGCUGCAGCCUAUUAAGUUCCAACCUGGGCUACUCUAUGAGUUCCUCAAUCCCUUUGCUGAGAAAGUAGCAUCCUCAUUUACUUCGGCACAGAAGGACUGUGCUCUGCACUUUGAUGAGAUGGCUACAAAAUCUCAAUUAUGUUUCGAUUUAGGCACUGGCAGAUACUUUGGCAAUACUACUUUACCGGGGGUAAAAGGGCUCGCAACAAAACUGGAGGUGUGGACGUUUGGUGGCAUUCAAACCAAAUGGAAAUUGAAUGCAGCGUACCACUUGACACCCAGCCGUGCAUGUAGUGAUGUUAGAGCUAAUGUUGUGCUGGAACUUCUUGAUUACGCUGAGAAUGCAGGUUUAAACUGUUUAGCCCUGGUUUGUGACAUGGGUAAUAGAGGGCUCCUUGCUGAAUUAGGAUUUGAUACUACUAAAGAUGGGCAGAAAUAUGUUAUCCCCCACCCUUUUAAUGGCAACAAAAAUUUAUAUCUAGUGCCAGAUGUGGUUCAUAUUUUUAAGUCGUUAAAGGAGAUGCUUCAAAAUAAUGAGGUGGCUAUGCUCUCUGAAGUAAUUUAUAAGAAAUAUUCCCUCCCUUCUGGAGCAGUGAGAUUCCAGCAUAUAGAGUGGCUUAUUCACUUCCAGGAGGACAUGGGUGUGAAGUUUGCUCCCCGGCUUUCAAAAAAGGAUAUAAAACAAAAUUUUUUCAGUAAAAUGAACACUUCUGCAGCUUGCCAUAUAUUUGACCAUAAAACAGGUAAAGCAAUUGAAUUUCUAGCAGAAGAGGGUGUGUUUGAGGAGGACUCAAAAACAACUGCGUGGUUUAUUGAACUAAUGAACAAAUGGUUCACCAUUCUCACAUCAAGGACUCCCUUACAUGCUCUCAGCUUUAAAAAUAUGGACAAGUACAAUGAGGCUAUCUCUAUGUUGGGUCAAGUUGUAGAAGUUUUCACACACUUAUCUGUUGGUGAUGCAUGGAAACCGUGCCAGACUCACGUAAUUAUGGCAACUGAGGCGCUCCUGUCCAUACAAGACUAUUUGUUACAAGAACAGGGGUAUGAUUUUGUGUUUAUGGGUCGUUUCACUAAUGAUAUAUCUGAGAACAUUUUCUCAGAUGUCAGGAAGACUCGACCCACACCCACUUCUCUCCAAGCUAAAUAUCAGCUUAGACUGAACACGUUAAGUCAGUGUUCCAGGAAGGUCCUCGGGAGCCAAUAUGGUGAUGAUGACAGACAGAACCUUCUUACAAUAGAUGACAUUUUAGAGUAUUUAAAAAGAAAUGGGCCGCAAACUCCAAAAGAAUCACACCCAUGUCCGGAAAACGAUGAAGUUGUAUUGCCAUGGGACUCUGAAAUUGAUCCUAAAAUUGCAGAGUACAAAUUCCAACACCUUAUUGUAUAUAGAAUGAGUGGGUAUCUGCUCUUUAAUAUGAGAAAACUUAACCAGUUAAAGUGUGAUAAAUGCUAUGAAGAACUUCAAAAAAUAGAUAAGGAAAACAAUGUGAGAAAGUGGACUGAAAAAACAAAUUAUGUAGAAGAUGCUCAAGUUGAAGUGUGUCCUGCUUUAUUUAAGUUGCUUCAAGCAAUAGAUUAUAACAUUAAUCAGUGGAAGGAUUUUUUAACAGCAGCAGAAGAUGCACUAGUUCUUGUAAACAGAUCAAUUAGAGAGGCAGUAAUAGCUCAUGACAUUCCCACAUGUGAAGAAUGUCCAAAUUUAAAGGAGGCUAUUGUCAGUAGGUUUGUAAGACUGUGCUUAAAAGUGUUAGAAAAAAAAAUGAUGCAGACAGAACCCCAAGAUGCUGGUUACCAGCUGUCAAGCAAAAGUAUGGGAUAUCGUUAUUGGGCUGAGCGCUACAUGAAUGGCCCGAGGAAGACUGGUAAUGCAGGUGCCAAAAAAUAGUAGCUGUGAUAUUUUUAUUGCCACCCCAAUCAUGUUUUUUGUUAAUAUAUUUUAAAUAUUUAAUGUAGAGGGUAUGUUGUAGUAGGCUACUUUGUUAUAAGCUAUGAUAGAUUGAAAAGACUGCAAACAUUUAAUAGUAACCUGUGAUAUUUUUAUAACUUGACUGAUUUGUUACCAAACUAUUUUUUUAAUUUUAAGUUUCAAAGCUUUCACCCAAUUUCUGCCUAAAAUAUUUUGUAAUAAGCCUCCAAACUAAUUUUGUUAUGUCACGUUUGUUGUGAUUAAAAAUUAAAACAU